AUGCGCCUGGUUAGAAUUGCUGUUGUGGGAUGUGCCCACAGCUCGCUCGACAUGAUCUACAGCGCCAUCAGAAACGACGUUGCCCACUCCAGGAAGAUGCCUCAGUUGUUGUUGGUCAAUGGCGACUUCCAGGCAACAAGAGACAGAGAUGACUUGGACUCCCUCAGCUGUCCUCCCAAAUACAGGCGUUUUGGAGACUUCAAGGACUACUACCUGGGCAAGAAGGAGGCGCCUGUCUUGACGCUUUUCAUUGGGGGAAACCACGAAUCCUCUCGCUACUUGAGUCUGUUGAAAUUUGGCGGUUUUGUUGCCAAAAACAUCUACUACUUGGGCAAGUCCAACGUCCUCUGGUUCAAUGGCCUCAAAAUAGCUGCCAUUUCCGGAAUCUUCAACGACAGAGACUACAUGAAAAACGAUUUCGAAUCCUUUCCUUUGAAUCAAUCCCAUCUCAGAUCAGUUUACCACACAAGAAAAUUGGACUAUUUGAAAUUGCUUAUCUACAACCAACUAAUCCUAUCCAACAACAAAAUCAAUAACUCAAUCAACCCAAACGACCCAAACGACCCAAACGACUCAAACAAUCCCAACAAACAAAACACUCAUCUCGAUAUUAUGCUAAGUCAUGACUGGCCACAGUCCAUCGAACAACAUGGCAAUCUAAAUCGCUUGUUAAAACUAAAACCAUUCUUCAAAUCUGACAUCUCAAACAACAACUUGGGCUCUCCCUUGAAUUUAAAUCUACUAAAAAUAUUAAAACCAAAAAAUUGGUAUAGUGCUCAUUUGCAUGUCAAAUUUGAUGCCACUUUCCUUCACUCAAAUAAAAAUAAACUUCUUAAUCAAAACAUUACUAAAAAUGAUAACGAAUAUAAAAGAAGAAAAUUAGACGCUGAUACUAAAAUUGAGAAUAAUGAUGAAAUAAAGCUAAAUUUAUUAAAU